GCUUCGACUCGAACAGUACCUCAGCACACGCGGUCCCAUUAUGCGCAUCUCGAAAGUUUUGUUUGCGGCGAUUUCUCACGCUGCGAUCCUUCAACUGAUCCAGGAAACUUCAGCCGCCAGGGGACCGAUUCGGGAGGCAAUUCAAAACGGUCAGGCGGCAGAAUAUAACAAAGAUGACUGUGCGUGGAGACGAGGUAACGACCGAGACCUUUGCCCGGACCCUGACGUGCACGUCUUCCUAUACGCGCCCGGACACCCGAAGCGGAAACUGGAGGUUGAUCAGUCGGACUGGCUUCGACGCGAGCCUUACGAUCCAAGGCUUGAAAAUGCUUUUGUAAUCCACGGUUACGCUGGGGGAGACGAUACCUUACCAAUCGCAGUGUUGAGAGACGCUUACCUAAGGAACGGGAGCUACAACGUCUUCAUGGUCGACUGGGGGGCGCUCUGUGCCGCACCCUGUUACCCAGCAGCAGUCGCGAACCUUCGCCCUGUCGCAAAGUGCCUUGCUGGAACCCUCACAACCCUGAGGAACAUGGGGCUUCCGAUGGAGAAGACGACAUGCGUGGGACAUUCGUUGGGUGCACAUAUUUGCGGGGUAAUGGCGAAUUAUCUGCUCUUCCGACUCCGUCGCAUCAUUGGGCUCGAUCCAGCUCGGCCGUUGGUCAGACCAGGAUUGGUCAACAGGCUUGACAGUGGCGACGCGGACUUUGUGGAAGUUAUACACACGAACGCCGGUUAUUAUGGAGAAAUGGGGCGAGUCGGUCACGUCGAUUUUUGUGUCAACGGGGGAAAACUGCAGCCCUUCUGCGAGAACCGACGGAACGAUCAGCUCUGCAGUCACGUCUGGGUGGUUUGUUACAUGGCCCACAGCAUCGAUGGAGAUACGGAACUGAUGGCGGAACCUUGUUCUAGACGUUGUCCCGCUGGGCCGAGAAUCGCACAAAGAAGUGGGAAUGCUUUGAUCAUGGGGCAGCAUACGCCGAAAAAUGUUAGAGGAUCCUUCUGCUUGUCGAGCGUGAAUCCCCCGUAUUGUCCUAGGAACGGCCACGUUAGAGGAGAUGAGAGAUGUUGCGUCUGAUUGUAGGGGGGGUGUGAAGUGGAGAUCGUCUCGGCACUGUCAUUAUUGCACAACGCGUAGCGUGUGU